AUGCGCUCCUCAUCUCCCUUGAAGAGCCUCUUGGCAGGCUCGGCCUUCUGGGCCGCCUCCUGCAGCGCCGUCACGCUCUACGCGGCCGACUCUGGCGGAAAUGUCACGACGCUGUCGCUGGCCGGAUCGGCCGGGGGCAACUACAGCUUUUCCGUCGCCAGCAAGACGGCAGACUGCGAUGUCAACCCUGCCUGGCUCACCCUCGACGGCGCCAACAGGGUGCUCUACUGCCUCGACCGCGGCUCCAACUCGCAGCCCAACGGCUCGCUAAACUCCUUCUCCAUCGGGGAGGGCGGCGCCUUGACCCGCAUCGCCCGUGUCUCGGCGCCCUUUAGCGGCGUCGCUGGCGAGAUCGUCACCACACCCGCUGGCGUCCGGGGCUAUGUCUCUGCUUCAUACAACCGAAGCGCAGCGGCCGUCUUCGCCCUUGGCGACAAAGGCGCCCUCCCGGGCACCGGUCCCCUUCAGGAGAUCUUCCCGACGCUGGACCAGCCCGGCCCGGUAGCCUCCCGCCAGGACACAUCCUACCUGCACCACGUCAUCAACGACCCCAAGGGCCAGUACGUGCUCCUCGCGGACCUGGGCGGCGACAAGGUGCGGGUCUACUCCUACGACUCCAACACCGUGGCGCCGAUCAAGGAGGUCGACGGCCUGGUCACCGGCCCCGGCGUCGGCCCCCGCCACGGCGUCUUCCGCACCGCCGCCAACGGCGACGUCUUCUUCUACUUCAACGGCGAGCUCGACCAGAACAUCUACUCGUACAAGGUCGAGUACAAGGAGACCGGGCUCGCCUUCACAAAGGUCUUUUCCAUCCCGGCCAUCAGCGCUGACCUCCCGGCGACAAAAGCCCCGACUAGCGAGAUUGCCCUCACUCCGGACAACAAGUUCCUCAUCGUCUCCAACCGCGACGUCUCCUUCCGCGACUCCCCGAUCCUCGGCUCCGGGCCCUCGGACACGCUCUCCACCUUCGCCAUCAAGGAGGACGGCACCCUGGAGCUGGUGCAGCUCGCGCCAUCGGGCGGCUGGUCGCCGCGCCAGUUCUCCAUCAACAAGGCCGGCGACCUCAUCGCCGUGGGCCACCAGAACAACCGCACCGUCGUCAUCUGGAAGCGCGACCUCGAGUCCGGCAAGAUCGUCCGCGAGGCGGAGGGCGGCAAGGUUGGCGUGGUUACGCUUACGGGCGCUGUUGUCGCUACCAUCUGGGACGAGUAG